UCUUCGGAAUCUCCGUCAUAAAAAACGAAAACCGAAACUCCAAUUCUCGCAAUCAUCAUAAUGUCAUCCGAUACGAAACAAUUGAAGUUGCAGACGCAGCUCUGCCGCACAAUGCCAAGCCCGUCAAUCAUCUCCCGCUCUUCGUCCUUCCCACGGCUCAAAAAAGCAUGGCCUUCGCAGUACACUCUCCCGGAAAACCUCCCUCCUGCGAACCACUCUGCAUGCACAGCUCCUGCGUCGAAGAUCACUUCUGCCAAGCUUUCCUGGAGAAGGAAGUUCAGAAAACUUAUCAGGAAGAGACGAAAUUCGAACUUCACAGAGCAAAGCCUCGAGGCUCACAAUAACACGCACAUUGUGAAAGAUGUGAUCAAGCUUCACAAGAGAGUAGGGCAAGUUAGUCUUCAAGACUAUUAUAACUUUGAGACUGAUGAGGAGAGAAGCUCAAAAUAUAGUCCCUAUUACAUUAGGGGACUCACGUAUCCGAACUUCAUUGUCCCUAAGCAUCCAAUUAGUACUCCCGGCCGCGAAAGCCAUACCUCUCAUGGUUCUUGGAAAUCAAUCUCCACCUUCUUUUCGGGGUUCAAAAUGCGAGAGUGGGGCUCUUGCAUUGGUUCGAAAAGCAAGAGCAACAAGCUUAGGCCGGAAAUGUACACCGCAAUGAAACCCGUCAAACCACCUGUAGUUAACUCCUCAUCAUCGACAAUUACAGAGCUUUCUUUGGUGGAGGAGGAGAGCAGAGAGAGGAAGAAGGUCAGGACGAGUAGCAACGAAUCUAACAAAGAGAAGCCACUGAGGAAGAGAGUGCGAUCAGGAGGAACAGCAGCAGCUGAUGCUGAUGCUGAUGCGCCGAGAAAUGAUCAAAUUAAGGUGAUGAGUGAUGCCGAGAAGGAGUAUGCAUGGGCAGACAAGUACCAGCCUCUGUGCUUAGAAGAUUUCAUAUGCAAUAGAGACAAAGCAACUCAGCUGCAGGCUUUGGCCAAAGAAGGAGGAUGUGGACAUUUCAUAUUUGAAGGACCGCCGGGGGUGGGGAAGAGAACUAUGAUCUGGGCUAUGCUUCGAGAGGUUUUUGGACGCGACACAAUACAUGCCAGAGAAGAGUUCAAGGCAUUCAACCUCAAGGGUGAAAUGGUAGGUAGUAUAGAAGUACAUGUAAAGCAAUCUCCUCAACAUGUAGAAGUGAAUCUCUCUGAACUGAAGGGCUAUGAAAAGCAUGUGAUUGUCGAACUCAUGAAGGAAACACAGGACAAUACGCUGAACAAAUCUAUGCCGUGCAGCCUUGACAACUGCCGAGCAAUAAUAUUAUACGAGGCAGACAAGCUAUCAACCGAUGCCCUGCUGUAUAUAAAGUGGCUUUUAGAAAGGUAUAAAGGUCGUAAUAAGAUCUUCUUCUGCUGCUCUGAUGUCUCAAAGCUUCAGGCAAUCAAAUCGCUUUGCACUGUCUUUGAGCUUUCACCUCCUUCGAAGAAUGAGAUUGUUGAAGUUCUAAAAUUCAUAUCUAAAAAAGAAGGCAUAGAUUUGCCACAUGAAUUGGCUGAAAGGUUUGCCCAAAAUUCUAAGAAUAAUAUCCGUCUAGCCAUUCGUUCAUUCGAGGCUACUUGGAAGAAAAGCUAUCCCUUUAAAGAAGAUCAAGUAAUUUUAACAGGUUGGGAAGAUAAUAUUGCAGAUAUUGCUAAGAAUAUGAUUGAAGAGCAAAGCCCAAAACAGCUAUAUAUAAUCCGCGGAAAGCUUCAGAAUCUUAUAGUUCAUGGCGUAUCUCCCGAAUUCAUUUUCAAAUCCCUAGUAACAGAGCUGAAGAAGUAUGUGGACGGCAGCCUGCAGGAUCGAGUUGACAGCAUGUACGACGAAUACAAUAGGAACGACGAAAAUAUGUUUGAGAGUGACAAAGCACUGGCACUCAGUCGGCACGAUCACGGGGAAACGGGUAAAAGGCCCGCCGAACAAUCUAUAAAGCACGUUCAGCAGUUCUUGAGAAUUGAAGAGUUUAUAGCGAAGUUCAUGAGCUGCUAUAAGGGUUGCUUAGAUACCAAAUCUUUACCCGGUCAGGAUCCAACGUAAGGAGACUUCUUAUUGGCAGCCAAACAACUCGCGAAGGAAUUACGUACCCUAAAAUUUCCGUUGGGGGAGCUUCUUUUUUUUUUUUUUUUUUUUUCUUGUUACAUAUGGUCUUGGUACUGCUGCAGCUGGAAACCAUUGGUUUUCUUGUAAACUUGAGAUCAUGGCUUAAACUA